GAGAACAGUGUGUAGCCUACAAGGCAGGUUAGCUAACUAUAUAUGUUCACAUCCUAUUCGAUCGGAUAUUGACAUUGCAUGCAUCGCGGUGACAUGCAAAAUAUAAGGAGAUGUGUUUUUAUUUACGAUUGCACACAUUUCCUACAACAAGAAAGAGUUUGACAUGAAAGUGAACCGCUAGCUAACCAGCGAAAGUGUGGCGCUGUAUUUUAGGCUACUGUCUGAAAAUAAACUGGAAGAUGACAGACAUUGGAUUGUAUGGAUAACUGUCCAUAGAGAUCAUCUAAUUCGCUUUUAUAUGGAUUUUAGACCAACUACAAAUAGAGGAUUUCUUAUUUGAAAAGCUUUGAUCAGCUGUCAUUAUGGCCAACAUAACGUCGCGCAGUGAGUCUGAGGAUGAAGAUCUACACUCCACAGAUCCUGAAAGUAAGGACAAGAGCAAAGACAAGAAGAUACUGUGCAAAGUCAAAUGGUCUCGCGAUGAGGACGAGAGGCUGAAGAAGUCAGUGGAGCAGCAUGGAGCAGACUCCUGGAAAUUAGUAGCUAAUAAUUUUCCAGGGAGGACAGAUGGCCAGUGUCAGCACCGCUGGCAGAAGGUGCUCAACCCAGAGCUGGUGAAAGGACCCUGGACAAAAGAGGAGGAUCAGAAGGUGAUUGACCUGGUUCAUAAAUAUGGCCCCAAGCGCUGGUCGGUGAUUGCUAAGCACCUGCAAGGGCGGAUCGGGAAGCAGUGCCGUGAGCGCUGGCACAACCAUCUGAACCCUGAGGUGAAGAAGUCCUCCUGGACCAAGGAAGAGGACAGCAUCAUCUACCAGGCCCACAAACGCCUGGGCAACCGCUGGGCCGAGAUCUCCAAGCUGCUGCCUGGAAGGACGGACAACUCCAUCAAGAAUCACUGGAACUCCACCAUGAGGAGGAAAGUGGAGCACGAGGGGUACCUCCAGGACGGCUGCAGGGGAUUCAGCUCAGAGCACGGGGGGUUGAAGCGACGCCACCACAGACCCUGUGUCCCCCAACCAGACACCCCCCAUGGUGGGCACAGCCCUCUGGGCAUGGCUGGACCAACUCAGCUUGGGGGUUACCUCUAUAGCCCUCACUGUGGCCAGCUGAUGGACAGCCUCCCAGACUCCUCCAGCUACUUAUCGCCGUCCUGCCAUGACGAUCCAGACAAAGAGCAGAGAAUUAAGGAGCUUGAGCUGCUGCUUAUGUCAGCAGAGACCGAGGUCCGGAGACAGGCCCAGUGCCGAGGCCCAUGUAGUGUGGAGCGUUACUCCAGCUGGGCAGACAGUGUGUCAGAUGACACCAUGACCACCAGCAGCAGCAGUCUGGAGGAUCAGGCUGAGGGAGGCUGGAGGCUGGCAGAGGAAGGCCAAGGGCCACCAGGCCAGCACCAUGUCUCCCCCAGUAAGUUCCUGGCUGUGGAGGCUAGUUCUGUGCUCUCCACCCUGCAGACCAUCCCCGAGUUCGCAGAGACCAUGGAGCUCAUCGACUCGGACCCUAUGGCGUGGAGCGAGGCGGCCAGCUUCGACGUGUCUGAGGCGACGACGCCCCUGAAACAAAUACAGGGGAGCUACGUACCCCAGGGGAGGACCACAGAGGGGAUGAGGUAUACCAUUGACCCCUCCAACGACAUCUCAACCAAGCACUGUGCCCCCAUGGGUCAGCGGAAAGUCCACACCCCGAACCACGUGCCCAGACCAGGCCUGCCAUCCCUGGGGAGGAGGAAGAGGACAGAGAGGGGGGACCAGUCCCCUGAUAGGAGCCGUGCGUCCUUCUUAGAGUCACCCAGCAUCAACUCGCCCAAGAACACCCCCACGAAAGCACUGACCCCUAAGAUUCAUAAGACCAUAAUGGUUCCGACUCCCAGAACUCCUACUCCAUUUAAGAACGCCCUGGCCGCCCAGGAGAAGAUGCAUGGGCCGCUAAAGAUGGUGCCCCAGCCCCUGGCCUUUCUGGAGGAAGAUAUCAGGGAGGUGCUGAAGCAGGAGAUAGGAUCAGACAUCUUCACCAGAGAACCACAACCAGACUUCAGGACAUGGAAACAUAAUGUGGAUGGCCCAGCCAGGAAGGUGCGUAAGUCCCUGGUGCUGGACUCCUGGGGGAAAGACUGUCUCAACGUCCAGCUAUACCAGGACCAGCUCAAUAACGCACUGGUCCCAGAGGAGAGUUUGUUAACCAGCUCCUUAUUGAUGACCCCACUCCCGGAGAGAGACAGAGAAGAGCGCCCCUGCCCCCCCUCGUCUGGGAAGGAGGGGUCUUGUGGCCCCCGGCGCCACCUUCCCAGCCCCCGCAAGAGGAAGAACCCCCCCUCGGUCAGAAUUUCCCACCACGAUUCACCUGGACAGGUCAACAACCAGUGGGAAGCAGUGGUUUAUGGGAAGACGGAGGACCAGCGGAUUAUGACAGAGCAGGCCCGGCAGUACCUGAGUAGCACCUACACGUCCACCGGCUGCACCUCGAGGGCGCUUGUGCUCUGAGACCUACGUCCCCACACACUACAUCUGUCCACGCUCCUUCUCCUAAUGACUCUUAACAUACUACAAUCUGGUGUAGAUCUACUCAAAUCAUUUAGACAUUUGUGUAUUGAUAAGAUUGGUAACUGAACACUCAAGUGUACCGCAGAAUACUUUACAGAAAAGGUAAGACUGUCGUUUUUCUAGGUCACACUGCUGGUUGUCAUAAAUUGCUUUGUUUGUCUUUUGAAUACACACCAGCCGUUGACCUCCUAGACAUGUAACAGGUUUGUACAGAUUAGAAAUACUCGAUUUUCUGCACUAGUUUAUAAUGUGUUAAAACUGAACAACCUGCACAUACAGUAAGUAGCAAGCUGUAGAAAUAGUUGUUGUAUUACUACUGUAGCAGUGACUGCUUAUGAGUUUCAUAUUGUUAAUAUAUUGUUUAAACAAAAAUGAAAAAAUACGUUUUAUGAUGUAACAUUACAUGUAUAUGUAUAUUCAGCUUGUUUGUAGAACUACCCUGUACUGCUAAACCUGUUGUUAUGAAGUCUUGAGAGAGAGAGAGAGAGGAGAGAGAGAAAGAGGAAGAGAGAGAGCUGUCAGUAUUGCACUACUGAGUAGGGGUUGGCUGCAGAGAAACGGUCAGUGUUGAGGAGGUAACUGGAUAGUACAAUAAAGUUUCCAUUCCAAGGCCAUACUUCCCUUUAGCAGUCUCAAAUUGAGACUUUUGUUGAAUGUAUUUCAUAGCGUGAAACUGCGAAGAAUCUCAAAAUGGAAGGGUACCUUUUUUGUUCAUUUGUUUGUUUUUAUCUUAUUUUAUUUAUUAUCUGUUCUCUAAAACUUAGAUAUUAAUAUAAGUGUAAAUUGAACACAUAAAGUUUCCAUUAAGAAAUGUACCUUUGCUGACAGACAGCCUAAAACCCUUCUGAAACCCUUUGACCUAAGGUCAGUUCUACCACACUGAUCCUAGAUCAGAAUCCAGUUGUCAUGUUUGGUACGGACAUAUAGCGCUCAUGUCAUCAGUGUGCUAAAGCAAGUAUUUUAGUUGAGGUUCUAUUUAUUCAACGUUUACUAAUUUAUUUAUUUCUAAAGGAAAAAUAAAUGAUCAAAUAAUUAUAUUUUCUUUCUAUCAGAAAAAGGAUUGGGCUACCUUUCAACUAAUUUCUACGAAUUAGACAUAACAAGCGAACAUGCACUACCACUAAUCUCUUUCAUUCAGUCAUUCUGUUAACUAUCAGAUUUAGUUAAUAACCAUUAUAGUGACAUCACUGAGUUGUUGAUAUUGGUAGAACAGUUUCCCCUGGAAUCAGAGUUUCUUUGUAUUCUCCAUAGGUAGUAGCAGGAUUCAGUCUCCAACCUCUAAUCAUAGACAAAUUGCACUUUUCUCAUCGUUUAAGUGUUGUUUUGUUAAUUUGUUUGUGCUCAUGACGUAGCUCUUGUUUGUGUUUGUUUCGUUUUUUUAAAAUCCAGUGCCAUUGGAUGAAUGUCUCACUACAUGUGACUAUUGAACACUGACACACAGAUGUAAAGACAGAGCUGUUUAAAAUCAAUUGUUUAUAAGUAAUAAUCACAAGUACAAUACAAGGUAUUCAACAUACAAUGAAAGAUGAAGCUUUUACGUCUUUAUGUGACAAUGCGGUCUUCUAUGGCUCUGAUUGGUUGCCUCUAUAAUAAUAGGGAUGCAGCAGAGUAUCUAUGGUCCCUGUGGUGAUGGUUGGUGUCAUUUGUUCCGACAGUCUUCCAACUGUUUAGAAUGUAGAUAAUAAUGGGGAUUAUUCAGCAUUAAGUGUGUUUGAGAAUAAGAAGGGAAUCUCCUCAGGAAAGAUCAAGUGGAAAGAUCAUUUAUGUUCACCCUCUCUGAACUCCACAGAACCACACUUUCUGAACUUUCUGAUUUCCCGACAUCUAACAGCUACAGUAAAUAUGAAUAUAUGUUUGUUCUCUGUUCUGUUGGUUGGUUUGACUUCAGUAUGUUGUAUGUUUUGUUUGUAACAUGUUGUAUGUUAACACUUGGACAUCUAACCCGAGGCUAUGAGGGAAUUAACUAUAUUUAUAGUAGCAGUUGUUGUCAUAAUAAUCAUGCAUGAACAACAAGCAAUACAUUGGACUUUUCAGUGAUCAUGUUUUUACUACAACUACAGUAAUCACAGACGUAACACUUCCAUUAUGUCAUUUUCAAAGUUUACUGUGUUUUCUGCUGAAAUCAUAACCAGGUACCAUAGAAUUCCUGCCAACUGCCAUUGUAACCAUGUACUUAAUAUGGAAUAAUAAUAAAAUGUU